AGCGCGGGCCGGGCCGGGCCGGGCCGGGCGUCCCUCCUCCGCCCCUUGUUUUUUCCCCACCUGGAAACCCCUUGUAGGAACGGGGCGGGGUGGCGUUUGGGGAAGGCAGCUGAAGUGCGCAGCGUUUAACAGUCCGCUGGUGCGGGGAGAAUCGAGCCUCGGCGGCUGUGCCAAGGGCUGAGCGGCCGCUCGGCGAAAGAAGUCGGUCAGCGUGGAAGCGGCGGCCGGGAGACUGCCGUCGGCCUUGCCCGGCUUGAGCAGAAGGCGGCGAGUCCGGACCCGUUGUGUCUUAACGCGCUUCAGUUGUGAGAGAGGAUGGCAUGCCGGAAGUGCUUGGUGAAGAAUCAGGAAGAUUUACCAGAGAACAGCUAUUUACAGUGGUUGCAGCAGCUUCUAUCAACUUCAGUUCAAUGAUAUGCUAUUCGAUACUGGGACCCUUUUUCCCUGCAGAGGCAGAAAAAAAAGGUGCCAGUAACACAAUUGUUGGCAUGAUUUUUGGAUGUUUUUCUUUGUUCAAUUUCUUGAGUUCUUUAAUCUUGGGAAAUUAUCUUACACAAAUUGGGGCAAAAUUCAUGUUUGUGGCAGGGAUGUUUGUUUCUGGAUGUGUUACAAUUCUAUUUGGAAUACUGAAGAAGGUGCCCGAUGGACCAGUGUUCAUCAGUCUGUGCUUUUUAGUAAGAGCAAUGGAUGCGAUAGGUUUUGCAGCAGCAAUGACAGCAUCAUUUUCAAUCCUUACAAAGGCAUUCCCCAAUAAUAUAGCUACUGUCCUGGGCAGCCUUGAAAUUUUUACAGGGCUUGGACUGGUGCUGGGUCCACCUUUAGGUGGCUUUUUAUAUCAAUCAUUUGGUUAUGAGGUCCCUUUCAUUACACUGGGAUGUCUAGUGUUGGUCUUCGUGCCUGUGAAUAUGUGCCUAUUACCAAAAUACGAUUCAGUCCCUAGCAAGGACUCCUUUUGGAAGCUCGUUCUUCUGCCAAAAGUCUUGCUUCUCUGUCUUACUAUAUUUUCUCUAAGUGCAUGCUUGGGAUUUUUGGAUCCUACAAUGUCUUUGUUUAUCCUAAAGAAGUUCAAGCUCCCAGCUGGUUAUGUCGGCUUAGUAUUUCUAGGUUUGGCACUCUCAUAUUCCCUGUCUUCUCCCCUCCUCGGACUCUUAAGUGACAAGCUGCCAUACGUCAGGAAAUGGCUGCUGGUUUCUGGAGGCUUACUAACAGCAGUGUGCUUUUUCAUGUUGGGACCCGCUCCUGUACUGCACAUUGAAAGUCAGCUGUGGAUGUUUGUCCUAGUGCUGGUUUUGAUUGGCUUUUCCCUUGGCAUGACUGCUAUCCCAGUAUUUCCAGAGAUACUGCAGUGUGCAUAUGAGAAUGGAUUUGAAGAAGGUCUGAGUCUUUUGGGAUUGGUGUCUGGGCUCUGCAGUGCCAUGUGGUCCCUUGGGGCAUUUAUAGGUCCCACUCUGGGAGGAUUUCUAUAUGAAAAGCUGGGUUUUGAAUGGUCCUCAGCCAUCCAGGGAGGAUGGGCACUGCUAAGUGGACUCGCAAUUGGAAUAUUCUAUAUCACUGAGGCUACAAGGAGGAGUUCCAGUUCCAGCCUGCAAAACACUCCUGGUAAUAAUGAAGAAAGAACUCAUCUGUUGGGUAGUGAAACAUAGCCAGACAUACUUUUGGAUUUUCUCUUUACUAUUGUCGUUUAACUCAGUCUUCAGAUGAGUGGACUUAGAUGUGUUUCAUUGUUCUCUAGUUGGGAUACAUGAUCCACUAGUGAGCACCAGUUGUGGUUUACUUGUAGCUGCAUCUCUGUUUUGAAACACUAUACACUGACCGCCUUUCUUUUUGGAAGUGCUCAUGUGAAUUGGCUGAACUGAUGAAUAAUUCUCAGAUGUCAGCGUAUUUAACCAUGUUCCAUAUACAGUGCACCACUAUAUGCGAAGAGGUCUAUUUUCAAAUGUCGAACUUUUACACGUGAGUCUGCUGUGGGUUAUUCAUAGAUAAAACAACUGUUUCUACUACCAUGAUUUUUCUCUAUCUUUUUUAAAGGAAGAUCAUAAUCCUGUAAUAUCUCAACUGAUGACAUAAAGUGUUGAAAUAGAAUUUGAAAUGGUAAAACAUUAAGCACAAUAUUGUUUUCAAUAAAGCAACUUUCUUCUGAAGUUCUGUGGAUUUUCUUAGACAAGAAAAGCCUGAAAGACUUUGUGUCUAGUAGUAGCUGUAUUAUAUGAAAGUGCACCUGAGAAUGGCAAAGGUAAUGAAGAGAAGACUGCAUCUACAUGCAGAACUCAUCUUCUGUCCUCGACAAAAUUUGACAUGCGUGUGUGCAUGUAGGUGUGUACAUUGUAUAUAAGUUUCAUAUGAAGACUCAACUUGAUCUGUGGGAGGUCCAUAUUGCUAAUAAAUGCCAACUGGUAUGCUGCACUAAUU